GAUUAACCAAGUUAACACCCAGUGAAACACCCUUCAAACCUCUUAAUUAUCCCAUCAAUAUGAAGUUCUUCGCUGUGACCCUUUUCCUAUGCCUUGUGACUAUUGCUUUGGUCUAUGCUGUGCCCGUCGAUGAAUCUCUUUUGGGUGACAAUUUCUAUGAAUCGGCAAUCUCUGAGGAUGUGCAUAACCCUCAUGACACACAAUCGAUAUUCAAAUUGAAGAAACUUUUAAAGUUCAAGAAGCUAUUGGGUUAGAAUAGAAUCCCCUUUAGAAGUUGUUUGCCAUUAUCAACGUGGUGCUCUCACCUCCAGUGCUUGUUUUUCUUGUUUUUUUU